UGGUAGCCUAAAUUUGCUGUCCACCCCACAACUCCUCGUGAGUAGAGACCCACACGACCUUCCCACUGCUUCACAUUUCACACUUGAAACCACUUAAAAGAUAUACGGAGUAAUAUAUAUAUAUCUCUCAUUCAUUAAUUCAUUAUUAUUUUUAUUCUCCAUUGCCAUAAACGAAUGUAAGUUCUCAUCCUUUCUUUUGCUUACGCAUUCUUUAUGCAUUUUAGAAUUCAUUUGGUGGUUUAUGUUCAUUAAAAUGAGUUUUGUAGAUGACAUUGAUUCCUUUUUCCUUUAUUACUAUUGUUAUUGUUAUUAUUAUUUUUAUUAUUAUGGUUAUUGUUAUUAGGGAAAAGUACGGAAAAGGUACUUGUGGUUGGACCCGUUUUCAGAUAGGGUCAUGUGUUUCAUUCUUUAUCAAGUUGGUUCAUGUAUUUGAAUUUCGUUAUCACAAGAGGGUCAUGUCAUUAAAAACGUCUGAAAAAGACCAUUAAAAGUAACUCCAAUUUUCAAAAGUGUCCGGAAAAUUAAAAGAAAAAUACAGAAAGGUGUGCCUUGUCGAGAUGACCUCCAAACCACCUUCGCCUUUGGAUUUUUCAGAUAUGUUUGAAUUAUUUUUUAAAAAUGAUUUCGCUAAUAUCACUUUUCCGGUGACAAGGGUGGUUGAAAACAAAAAAGAAAGAUGGCCUAGCGGUCGUCUUAUUGAGACGCAUCUUCCGGUAUUUUUCUUUUGAUUUUCUGGGCACUUUUGAAAAUUGGAGUUACUUUUAACGGUCUUUUUCAAACGUUUUUAACGACGUGACCCUCUUGUGAUAGACUGAUAGCGGAAUUCAAACACACGAACCACUUUGAUAAAGAAUGAAACACACGACCCUAUCUGAAAACGAGUCCAACCACAAGUACCUUUUUCCGUACUUUUCCUUUGUUAUCAUUAUUUAUACUCCGUAUUUUGUUUGGUGUUGGGGGAGGGAGUUUCUCAUUAUUUUAUUAGUGAACAGGAGACCGGUUUUUCAAAUUAAUUUAGCUGACCUAUGUUGGAGUUAUUCAAUUAGCUAAAUAUGAAGGAAUGGAUGGAACCCAUAAUUGAGUGUAGGAAAUUUUUCACUUUUUAUUUAAAAGCUUUUGGAUGAUGAGUUAGUUCUAAAUCUUUGUUUUACCAUGUUUUUAAUUGGAUCGAAAUCUUUUGAUCUAGUCUGGUCCAUUUAAAUUUGAUCUUAUUUGAACUGGUCUGGUCGGAUAGAUGUCUGGUUUAUGUGUAUUUUAUAUAUAACUGUUGAUGUCUGAUUUGAUUUGGUUAAGUAUGAAUGUAUGAUCUAGUCGGUUUAAAUCUGGUUUAAUCUAGUCUGGGACUGAGGAUGUUUUUACUUGGACUGUUUUCAGUCCCAUACCAGACAAGACCAUACUUAAACAGACCAGACCGGAUAAGACCAGACCAGGCUUGACUUCCAUAGUUAUAAAAUGCACAUAGGCCGAACAUUUACCAGACCAUACCAGUUUAGACCACACCAGACCAGACUUAAACAUACCAGAUCAGACAAGACCAGACCAGACCAAAUUACACUCCAAGUAAAAACAUCAUGAAACUACUACAACUAAAAACAUUCUUAACUUGAAAUUAUAUUGAUUGUGAUUGAAGGGACAUUAGAUUACAAUCAAUAUUGACUAUUGAGGGAGAGGAAGCGGUCCAGCCCAGCUGGUCGCCGACUCACUCUCCCUUACGGGAGGUCUCGGAUUCGAAACUCAAUGGAGUGAGUUUAACCCUGAUUACUUCAGGCACCCCAGACCCCCUCCUCCAUACCCCGGAGUAAAAAAAUGACUAUUGAGGGAAUUGGAAUAUGUGUAUUUCUUCGUUCGGUCCUUUCCCAAAAAGAAAUUGGUAGAAAUGGAAUAUAAAGACUAAGAGAUUGCUCCAUUUGUGUAUGAGGGAGUAUUAUUUGUUUAGUCUUCUUUUUAUAAUAUUAGCUUAUAAACAUCUUAUUCCAUUAACAUUCAACUUAUGAUUUUCAAUGGUGUAUGUAUCUUUAGGCUUAUUUUUUCGUUUAUUUGAUUAAACCCCUUUUAUUUUAUUUAAUGAAAUUCAACAGAUUCAACGAAAUCAAGGUUUCUCGUGAUGAAUGAACAAUCUACACCACCGGCUAACCACUCCAUCCUUCCGGCAAAGAGAAGACGAGGCCGACCACGCAAAGACGGCGGCAUUCCUCAAAGAGGAUCCUGUCCGGCCCCAUCACAACAGCCAACCCCCUCCCCGGAAGUUGUGAAGAGAACUUUGCAGCCUCUUGAGGUGAACCAAACUAGCAAUGGGGUUGAAAGCAACAUGGUUGGGAAAAUGGUUACCGGCGUGAUCGACGGUUUUUUCGAUGCUGGUUAUUUCCUAACCAUACGGGUCGAAAACGAUACCACUUUGCUCCGUGGAGUGGUUUUCCGGCCAGGGCGGUUCGCUCCGAUAUCCGCAUCAAACGACGUGGCGCCGCAAGCUAAAAUGUAUCACCGAAAAGACAUCCCUGUCCCGCCGAGUCCCACCAUCCCUCAAGUUGAAACCCAGGUAAACCAACCGCCGACGGUUCCUCCACCCGAUCCGUUUUCCUUGCAAAUGACCAAUACGCCGUUCGUGCACCAAAGUCAUGAUCAAAGGUUUCAGAUCCAAACCCAAUCCGACCAUAGACCGGAGAAUCUUAGGACGGUGGAGCAUGAUGACGUCAUGCAGGUGUUUGAAAUCUCACCACCCCAAUCACAAGUUCCCAAUGAAGAAGCUGGGCAUGAUGAACUCAUAUUGUCAGGCUCGGAUCAUAACCGGAAUCCAACGGGUGACCCGGGGAGCCAAUCGGAUAUGAAAAAUGGGCUGGUAAUUCCCAAUGGUGAUCCUGGAUCGUUAGAAGCUCCUCUAAGAGGAGAAUAUGAAGAACAUCUUAUCAACCAAAGGGACCAUAACAGUGAACAAAAAAGCCAGAAAGUGGGGGACACUGGAGUUGCUCAAAAUGGAAAGCUUGGUGUGAUGGAUGAUCUCGUGGAAAGGAAUGAUUGUACGAAGAACAAUGAAGCCUUACAUGGUUCUUUAAAAGAGUUUUCAACCAUGGAAGAGAGAACUGGGAAAAUCCUGACACUUGGGAUAGGGGGAUCAAAUAAUGAUAGGGGAAAUCCUGACUUUCUUGUUCCACGACCAGACAACAACAUUGAAUCUCCCAAAGAAACUCAUCAUUGAUAAAAAGUCAUCCUUUACUCUCACAAUUUGAAUUGCUCUUUAUGUGAUAGUUAUUCUGCUUUUUUUUUAUAUAGCCGAGUUCUGCUAUGAACUUAUAAGAACUAUAUAUAUAUUUCACAUCUCUAUUCCCUUUUGUUGAUCAUGAAUGACUUCAGAAGUGGAAUACACUUAUACUCCUUCAUGCUUUAGCUCUUUUGCUUUACGUGCCUCCCUCGGUAAACCUAUCAAAGAGGGAGCAGAUUUAUGCGUGCUCAGUAACAAGCACAUUGGCUUGAUGAAUAACUAAGAUUUUUUCAUCUAGAAUAUUCAGAGAAUUCUGACUAUUCAUCACGCUUGUGUGCUUCUUAGUGAUCAUGCUAGCCUACUCCCUAUAUUUUUUAAUCACACAGGUCAAUCCAAACAAAUUUCCACCAAUUGCAACGGAUUGGUCUGAUUAUAUAUAGAAUUGCAAACUGAUUAGUUUCAG